CACGCCUUAGCAACCGAGUUCACUGAUUUGCUAUGCUAAGCCUGUUAGCUAGCAGAGUUGUCUGAAGGAGUUUCAAUGAAAGUGUGUUAGGUGUAUUUUAGCUUAUAGUCUUGUAAGGUUGUGUUUUUUAAUGUUGCAUUGCAGGUAAACGGUUUUGACAUAAUGUUUGUGACUAGAAAAUUGCUGAAACUUGUGGUGUUAGUCGGAGUGUUGGCGUUAGUCGUACAGUACAUACAGUACUGGUUAGCACAUAAACAGUAUGUGUUUACUAAAGAGGACGUCGCCAAACUGGCCAAACAGUACGCAGGUCAGGAUCAUGAGCAGGCCUUCUCUAAAGUAGUGGUGGAGUUGCGGAAACGCUACCCGGGCCGCAUCCUGCCUGACGAGGACCUGCAGUGGGUGUUUGUAAACGCGGGGGGUUGGAUGGGUUCCAUGUGUUUGCUCCACGCUUCCCUCACCGAGUACGUUCUGCUCUUCGGGACCGCCGUUGACACAAGUGGACACUCAGGUCGAUAUUGGGCUGAGAUAUCAGACACUGUUAUUUCCGGGACAUUCAGGCAAUGGAAAGAAGGAACAACUAAAAGCGAGACUUACUACCCAGGUGAUACAAUCGUGCACUCUGUGGGUGAGGCAACCUCGGUGCAGUGGACCGCAGGGACCUGGAUGGUGGAAUAUGGCAGAGGGUUCAUACCGUCCACGCUGAGCUUUGCGCUAGCAGACACGGUGUUCAGCACACAGGACUUUGUAACACUUUUCUACACUUUCCGUGUGUACAUGAAGUGUCUGCUAAUGGAGGCUAACACUUUCCUGACUAAAGCUGGUGUCUUCUAAAGACCAUAUCUCCAGGACCAUUGUGCUACUUCAGUGCCAUCCUGUAACAGACUGCCAUAAAAGAAGAAGAGACAAUCAGAGCUUAUGGACUGAAUUUAUUUCAGGCGAAUCCUGACAGACUGAGAAAAAUGGUUCUCACAACAUAAAUGACAUCUUGUGUAUGUGGCUAUCCAAUGGUGGUGGAUGGAGGGGAGUACAGUCUAACAAUUAAGUCACUGUUCACUAAAAUGCAUCUGAUGUACAAACACAGAAUUAUUCAUUACUUGCAAUACCUCACUAAACACCUUGGACUGUAAAGACCUGCUACGUGUCGCUGCUGAAAUAACCAUCAUCAGAAUGUUGUGCGAAUUGUUUAUUGCAAUCGUUUCUGACCAGACUUUCUCUGCAAUAAAACUUUCUACUGUUC